AUGGACUUCGAACAGUAUGGGCAGAGCUCCCAACAGCCUAGACAACGCCGAAGAAGAGCCGGAAAGCGGCGAUUGAACAACAAGGCUCCUGUCACAGCGCGUCUGGCAUUGGAUCCCCAGCUACGGGGGAAGGUCGGCAUCUUAUCCGAGGAUCUAGCGAACGACCUCUUCCAGCAGCAGGCUCUCCAAGAUGUCACGACUUCCGACGAUGGAGUUCUAUAUGUUGCGAUUGCCCCGCAUACCCCGACUUAUACCUCCGUGGAGGAUCAGGCCUGGACGAUACUCCCAGUACGAAUCCAGCCCACCGAGAGAUCCCCAGUUCCAUUGUCACAAUCGACCGUUCUGUUCCCCGAAUCCGCCGACUCCCUCCAGCCUUUCCUCCAAGCUUUGGGGAAAGUUGACACCUCGCGCAACUCCCUCCAGGCACACCGGUCGGUGGAGAUCCGGAUCUUGGACGUCGCCCCUAUCCACCUCGACACUAUUUUUGUGACCGUGGAGCGACAUCUUCUUCGCAACCACGAUGAUAUCCAGAACAAAUUUGGCGGAGGAUUUACGAAUGCACAGGGGCCGAACGGACUUUGGGGUAAAACGGGAAAGACGGCAGAAGCCAAGAAAUACUCGAAACGAGCUACUGCAGAUGCCGAGCAGCGUCUCACAGCGGCAGUCCGCGAGGCACUGGGAGCACAGCGGAUCGUACAUGCAGGCGAUGUGUUGCCGCUUCCUUUGCCUCCGCAUCCUAUUACCUAUGCGCCUCCUCCGCCCGCCCGCAUUUCAUUCUGCGAACCUGUCUCACAGGGUCUGUUGAUGCCGACCACAAAGAUCGUGCUUGUCCAAGCUCGCCCUCAGGGAAAUCGCGCCCAACAAAGCCUACCAUCUAGGUCGGCGCUCUUGAAGCAGGUAGCCGAGGAUGAAGCCGAUGACACUUCCAACGAACAAUUUUACUCCGCCGCGGAAGAUAAGCCUGGCGAAAGCGGAACCGAGAUGGAAGCCACAUCGGCCGCCGAGGAAUCUGAGACAGAGGGCUCUGCCGGCUCCAUGAGCGACUCGUCAGAUGAUUCCCUUGAAGAUAUGAUUUCUCUGAGUGCACCUGAACUGCCUCAGCCCCCGUCAGGUGUCAUGUCGUCACUGACCUCUGCGACUCCUCGAGCGGGUGGUCGACGAACAGAUGGGAUUCACACACCGGGAUCCGUGGCAUCGAACUUCACUUCAGCCACAAUGCGUCCUGGUCGUGGCGGAGGCAAGACUUUCAAAGUCGAGGGUUUGCUACAGCAAGUCCCCAAUGAGGUUCUUCACCCUCGGCCCCGUGAUGACGAAGACGUCGACUCCUUUGUCUUCGUAGACAUCAGCACACUGGCCAAGAUUGGAUGCUUCUCCGGCGACUGGGUCAGAAUUGAAGCUUCGGAGGAACCACAGCUGAACAUGUUCGCCUCACUCAAGUUUGGAAGCUUCAAUGAUACCCCAGAAGAUUCAGACGAUUGGCGCCCAGUCAAGAUCUUUGGCUUGUCGGGUCUUCCAUCGUCUAAACCGCGUUAUGCCAUCAAUCAUUCCGGCGAACGUCGAUCUAGCAUCCCUCAACGUCCCCCAACUCGCCUGACCCCAUCCGUGUUUGUUCCUCCGUUGCUUCUUAGUAACAUUGAGAACCCGAAAUAUCUACGGAUAUCUCCCAUGACAUUCGCAACACAGAACGGAACUUCCAAGCCCGGCCUCUUGCACCACAUGAAGAAUACUGCUACCAAAAACCCGCCUUUGGCGAAGGAAGUUACGCUAUUGAAGCUUUCUACUCCUCUUUCAAUGGAUCGCGUUCUCCAACCAGCGUUGUUUGCCGGGCUCAAGCAAUACUUUGAGUCUCGCCGACGUAUCCUCAAGAGUGGGGAUUUAGUUGGUAUCAGCGUGGACGAGGGCCUGGGCCGAGCCGUUUUCUCUGGAACCGCUGGCGGUGACAGCGCCAAUCAAGAAGAAGACAUCACCAUUCGACUUGGCCAGAAUUCUAAUUCUGGAAGUUCUGGAGCCCGCAAGAUCGGCGUUGCCUGGUUCCGUGUGGGUCAAGUAGCCCCCACUGUCGUGGAGGAACUUGAGGAGACAGGCGAAGAUCAAUGGGGUGGCGUUGCUGUCCUCGACCCAGCGACUACUCGCAUGGUUCAGGCUGGAAGUGAUGUUAGCCGAGUCCCCGGUGUGUUGGGUAAUGGCUGGGAGUACUGGCUAGGAGUCAAGACGAUUCCUAAGAGUGUCCAUGAUGCACCGGCGCCUCAUGGUAUUGUUGCGGAUCCGCCCCAGUCAUUCAUCCCAUCAUUGCAGCAGCGCAUUCGUGAUUUGAUGUCUGCUGCUACCAGUCCCAGGGCAAUCCAGUUAGGAAUGAAGCCCGUCUUCAUCCUCCUCCGAUCCCAACAGAGACAUAUUGGCAAGGCAACGGUUGCGACCCGGGCAGGCGCAGAUAUCGGUCUUCACACAUUCUCCAUUGAUGCGUACGAUAUUUUGACGGAAGGCGGUGCAAAUGGUGGAGAUGUCAAGACAGAGGCCUACCUGAAGGCGCGGGCCGACCGAGCUUUCCACUGCGGAGCAAACUGCACCUCAUUGCUGAUCAGACACAUCGAGGUGCUGACCGCUGAUCGUAUUGUGACCGCGCUGACCGAUAUCCUGACGGAUGCAAGAGUCGUAAUCGCAACUACUACCGACGUUGAAACAAUUCCCGAAGGCAUUCGUAGUCUCAUUACCCACGAGUUUGAGAUGGGUGCCCCAGAGGAGAAAGAGCGUGAAGGAAUCUUGAACAACGCCGUUGCCGAGCGCGGUAUCAAGCUCGCUGCCGACGUGGAAUUGGGAACAAUUGCUCUCAAGACUGCCGCGCUUGUCGCCGGAGACCUUGUUGACGUCGUGGAACGUGCUGCCGGAGCGAGAACGACUCGCCUCGAAAACCUAGCUGAGGCUAGUAAAAAGCUUUCCGGUUCCGAGGUCUUCGUCAGAGACGUCCUGCUGGCAGGUGGUGACGGUGCACGGGGAGUGACUAAGGCUGACUUCGACUUUGCGGUUGAGGCUGCCCGAAAGAACUUUGCCGAUUCAAUCGGCGCCCCGAAGAUCCCCAACGUUGGUUGGGAUGACGUCGGUGGAUUGACUAAUGUCAAGGAUGCUUUGGUCGAGACCAUUCAGCUGCCACUUGAACGACCCGAACUCUUCGCCAAGGGCAUGAAGAAGCGCAGUGGUAUCUUGUUCUACGGUCCUCCUGGUACCGGAAAGACUCUUCUGGCCAAGGCUAUUGCGACAGAGUUCUCGCUCAAUUUCUUCUCUGUCAAGGGCCCCGAAUUGCUGAACAUGUACAUUGGUGAAUCUGAAGCUAAUGUGCGCCGUGUGUUCCAGCGUGCCCGUGAUGCUCGUCCUUGUGUUGUCUUCUUCGAUGAACUGGACUCCGUUGCUCCCAAGCGUGGUAACCAGGGAGACAGCGGUGGUGUUAUGGACCGUAUCGUCAGUCAACUGCUUGCAGAGCUGGAUGGCAUGAACGGCGGCGAGGAGAACAGUGGCGGAAUGUUCGUCAUCGGUGCAACCAAUCGUCCUGAUCUGCUUGAUACUGCACUCCUCCGUCCUGGUCGUUUCGAUAAGAUGCUUUACCUGGGUGUUUCAGACACCCACCGGAAACAGGCAACUAUUCUCGAGGCUCUGACUCGGAAGUUCGCUCUUCAUCCCGAAGUCUCGCUCGACCGCGUCGCCGAACAGCUCCCAUUGACAUAUACCGGUGCCGAUCUCUAUGCGCUCUGCUCCGAUGCCAUGCUAAAGGCCAUCACUCGAAAGGCUACGGCCGUGGAUGACAAGAUCAAAGCCUUGCCCAAUGGCCCUGUCAGCACUGCUUGGUUCUUUGACCACCUUGCCACCGCGGAGGAUGUCAACGUGCUGGUGAUGGAAGAGGACUUCUUGUCUGCGCAAGGAGAACUUGUUCCCAGUGUUAGUGCCAAGGAGCUUGAACAUUUCGAACGCAUCCGCAACACAUUCGAAGCAGUCGACAAGUCGAAGCAAGACUCCAGUGCCGCAGCGCCGCAGACAAUCGCAGAGGCAAUGGAAGCAUUCAACCUAGGCGGUGGUGCCGCCCCAGUAGAAGACGCCCCGUCAUCUACCGGGGAGAGAACGCCAACUGGAAGUGUCCGAGGCCGUAUUAGAACCCUGAACAAAUGGCCAGGUGCUCUGUCACGCAGCGCUAGCGGUCAAUCAACUACCAGCAGCAAGGGCAAAGGGAAGAGUAGCAGGAAAGGAAAGGGAAAGAGUACGGCAGAGUCUGAUGGAUCUGUCGAUGGCGAUGAGGAGGGUAUGACGGAUGGCAACCUUGACGGCGACGAUGACUACCUUGUCCGGACUGACCACUUGGCGAUCCCCAGGGAGCAGGCCGAAUAA